AUCUUAUUUUAUUAUUUUAUUUUCGGCUUUUUGCCCUUUCCUUAUCGUACACGAGAGACUUGUGUAUAAUCGAAACCGAGCCAUGAGGUGCGCGUAUAAGAGGCAAAGAUAUCCGAUAGUCUCGGCACAAGAGAAGACCAACACUCGGAGCGACAGUUCGGAACAAUGGUGACUGCGGUGUAUGUGGUGCUCUUCCUGAGCGCGGUUGCCUUCCAUGCCUUGGCUGCAGAAGACGUCAACGUCGAUGUGAUCAUCAUCGGAGCUGGAAUGGCAGGAAUCGCCGCCGGCCGGACCUUGACAGAAAUGGGAAUCACGAACUUCGUCAUAUUAGAAGCCACAGACCGAGUCGGAGGCCGAAUCAGAAACACCGACUUCGCCGGCAUGAAAGUCGAGAUGGGAGCAAACUGGGUGGAAGGUGUAAACGGGAAGGAGCUGAAUCCUGUUUGGGAUCUAGCUAAACAAGUCAAUCUGCGCACUAUUUUGACAGACACCUCGAAUCUCAGCAGCAACGUCUACGACGCUUCGGGUGCUCUGCCGCCACAGAUUCAAGCUCAGGCUAUGGCAACGGCUCAAAAUGAAUACGUCAAUAGCUUGAGCGCGACUUUGACGGCUAACAACGAUGACGACGUCUCGGUCUUGACGGCGCAGCGUCUGUUCGGAAGUGUUGCAAGCACUCCAGUGGAGAUGGCCCUCGACUAUCAGCUCUACGAUGGAGAGUUUGCAGAGCCACCGAGAGUGACAAGUCUGAAGAAUACUCAGCCACUGCCCACUUUUGAGAACUUCGGGGAGGACAGCUACUUUGCAGCAGACCCUCGGGGAUUUGCCACCAUCAUUCAACCCGUGGCAUCCUACCUCAAGAACACAAACGGGACUAUCGAGGAUCCUCGUCUCAUGUUGAACAAAGUCGUGAACAAGAUUGCAUACGGAGAUUGGGGGGUUUCUGUUUCCACAGAAGAUGGAGCUACUUACACUGCCAAGGCAGCUAUCGCUACCGUCAGCUUGGGAGUGUUGCAAAGCAAACUGAUCAACUUCGAGCCUGACCUACCCUUCUGGAAACUUGAAGCCAUUUUUGAGUUCAACAUGGCCAUCUACACCAAAAUCUUCUUGAAGUUUCCAAGCAAGUUUUGGCGCACAGAUCCAGGAACCGAGUUCUUCUUAUACGCUGAUGAUAGCAGAGGAUACUACCCAGUGUGGCAGCAUUUGGAAAGGGAAUUCCCUGGUUCCAACAUCAUUUUUGUUACUGUUACUGAUGACGAGUCCCGAAGAAUCGAGCAGCAAUCCGACAACCAAACAUUGUCUGAAAUUAUGGACGUGUUAAGGAAAAUGUAUGGCCCAACCAUUCCUAUGGCCGAAGAGAUUUUGAUCCCCAGGUGGUGGAGUAACAGAUUCUUUAAGGGCACCUUCUCUAACUGGCCUAUUGGUGUAACCAGCCGCGAGUUUGCAGAACUCCAGGCACCCAUUGACCGACUCUACUUUGCGGGAGAACACACCAGUGCUGAUUACAAUGGAUACAUCCAUGGAGCUUAUUUCACAGGUAUAGAUGCUGCCAAGUCCGUAGCCACGUGCUUGAAGCAAGGCCAGUGCGUGUCUGGUUCAACUAAGCAGAAAAAUAAGACGAAGGGUAAGAAGCUGAUGGAGGCAUCAGUGUGCGCUGCACCAAUCAAGGAGGAACUAGACGCACAGAGACAACACUGGGUAAAGAAGGUUAAACUCGUCGAGGAAGCUCUAGCUGCAAAAUGCGCUUAAUCGUGCUCAUGGCCCAGUGAACAUUGGGAACGCUGUCUCUAGCUGCAAGAUUUUUUUAGUGGAGCAUGCUGUCAAGAAUGAAUAAUAGGAAGUGUAGAUGCAUCCCUUUCUACGGAAGUUGUCGACCCUCUCUGUAGAGAACCGUGCGGAUGCUUUCUCCUCCCCGAAAUUUGUAAUCUGCCUUCUUCAUUCUGCCUCCACGGAUUGUUGGAGAUUACAUAAAGUGAGAUGGGAUCCAGUAUCUGCCCUCAUCUGAU